GCCACGGCCCAGGGGAUAAGUUUACGGUUUGAUGUUACACCUAUAAAAAUUGAUCCAUCUCCACCUUAGGGUUCCGGUACAGCGUAGAGCGGAGGAGAAGCCGGCAAAUCAGGGGACGAUUGCUUCACGUAAUAACGGCAGUUGAAUUGGUUUUGGGCUUUGGUUUUUGAACUCUUAUUCAGGCUUCAAAAGUCAACCAACCCCAGAUGGAUGGGGAAAAGAAGACUGGAUCAGGGAACGAGCCACAAGACAUGGAUCAAGAUCAAGGACACCAUAUUGGCUCCAGAAUCACUUCAACUUUGGUCAGCGAUUUAAAUAAAGUUCUGAGCGAUGUUGUGUCCAUGUCAAAAACGAUGGAAAGACUGGGCGCUCGUGUCGAAUAUUUGGAGGGGGAGUUGCCAAAAUUUCUAAUAAAGCAACAUCCUCCGUCUGAUAUUCCAAAAAAUCUAAUCGAACCACAGUUACUUAUAAGACCUUUUAGUGAGCAUUUUGAUCUUCGUAGCUUUCGCUGUUGGCUAAAAGGUGUAGAAGAAGCUUUUAAUUAUUGUUUUGUCCCAGAAGAUGAACAAGUAGAUGUGGUCAGCUGCAAAUUUCUGCCAGAUGGAGAGGCUUCCAAAUGGUGGAAACGUAUCCAAGAUAUAAGCAUGCAAGUUGAUAAAAAAAGUCCAAUUAAUUGGCCUAAGAUGAAGAGGCUACUUAUGGCUAAAUUCCUUUUUCCUUAUUGUUAAGGGGUUGCAUGUAUUUGGAAUUUAAGAAAAUUAAAAUCCUUUAGGCUUUUUGCUAGAAAAUAUUUGUUAUCUGGUAAAUUACAAACAUAUCCUUUCAUCUUUUUUUCAACUUUUAUUUUUUUCACUGUAUUCUUUUCUUACCCUUUAUAUUGACAAUAUUAUAUCGAACAAAUAUAAUUUAUCGUGAUAAAGCAACUUUAUUUAUUUCCAUCCUA